AUGCGCGAUGGGAUCAAGCUUUAUGGUGAUGUGUUCCGGCCAACCGGUGGAGACAAAGUACCCGCUAUCAUUCCUUACAGUCCAUAUGGAAAGGUCGAUUCGGGUGUUCUGUCUUAUGAUCUCAUGGGUCCCUACCGUAUUGGAAUUCCAUACCAGCGCCUGAGUGGAUACGAGACGUUCGAAGGUCCCAAUCCUGCUGAGUGGGCUGAGCGUGGAUAUGCAGUUGUUGACAUCGAUGCUCGGGGAUGCGCGCAUUCGGAGGGGAAUAUUGUUUUCUGGGGUCAACAGGAGGCAGAAGAUAUUUAUGAUUGUAUUACUUGGGUAUCUCAGCAACCGUGGUGCAAUGGAUCAGUUGUUCUUGCUGGGAAUUCCUGGCUCUCCAUAUCCCAAACCAACUUUACCUCCCGACUCUCCCACCCAGCUCUAAAGGCAAUUGCCCCAUGGGAAGGUCUUUCAGAUCCUUAUCUUCAGCAAAACUGCCGGGGCGGGAUCCCCAACCCGGUCUUUAUAGGUUUGAUCAUGGGUGGAUUCGCCGGUCUGGCUAAGAUGGAGGAUUUUGGGAAGAUGCUGCAAGAGCAUCCAUUGUAUGAUGCGUACUGGCAGAGCAAAAAGAUCGACGCCAAGAAUAUUUGCGAUAUUCCGGUGUACUUCACAGCGUCCUACUCGACAGGCCUUCACACGGAAGGAUCUCUGGAGGGAUUUCAGGCAGCAUCUACUCCGAAGAAAUGGAUUCGGAUUCAUGCUUCUCAGGAGUGGCACGACCUAUACACUGUCAAAGCAAAUGACGACCUUCAACGCUUCUUCGAUUUCUACGCCAAGGGUAUCCAAAAUGGCUGGGAAGAGGAUACUCCUCCAGUGAGACUCACCUUGCUUGGUUUUGAAAAUAGCCCGGCAAAAACAAUCGUAGAGCGACCUGAGCAAGAGUGGCCUCCUGCACGUCUGCUCAUGGAGAAGUAUUAUCUUGACGCCACCACAAAGUCACUUAGUUUCUCCAAGCCGGACGCCACCGCAACGACAACACAUGAAGGCCAUUCUCUGACCGACUCCUCGGAUUUCAAGCUGGUCUUUUCCGAGUACACGGAGCUCUCUGGACGGCCGUUUGUCAAACUCUUCAUGUCAGCUCCCUCCCAUGAUGAUCUCGAUGUUGUUGUACAGAUUCGCAAGCUGUCUGCUUCUGGCGAAGUCCUUGAGUCUCUCAAUUGGUCUCCCAUGCCACAACCGCAGCCCGAAGUGCCCAAUGUGAAUGUUGCUAAGCACCUCGGUCCGCAGGGAAUGCUCCGUGCAUCUCAUCGCGUUAGUAUGGCUCUUCGCACCAGUGACGAUGAGUAUCCUUCCUAUGAUCACCGCUCACGGCAACCAAUUACGCCCGGUGAGAUCGUGGAGCUGCUGAUUCCGAUCUGGCCCAUGGGUGUUGUGUAUGAAGUAGGCGAGGGAUUGGUAUUGAAGAUUUCAGGCCAUGAUAUGUCCUUGCCAGAGAUCGAGAUGUUGAGGCCGACUGAGCCUUGCGAUGAGAACAAGGGACAGCACGUUGUCCACACGGGCGGAGAAUAUGAUAGUUAUCUGGUUCUUCCGCGCAUUGCAUAA